GUGGCGAGCCGCUGACGUCACGGGAGCUGUUUAAGAUCGCUGGUGCUGAAGCGCGUCAUUCAUUGGAGCGAACGCGCUGUUUGCGGCGGCCUACGGCCGCACUGCCGACGGGAUGAAUUCAAAGAACUAGCAGCGAAUCGACGGGGCACCGAAAGACUUCAGCUACCUACCAAGUCGAUGGGAGACGAGUCUGCGGAGAUGGCAGCGUCUGCACAUCUGUGAGGUGGUAGCGGCACCCUCAGCGACUAGACGGAGCAUGUCGUAGUGCCUUGGCGGGCUUUGAGCACUGGGCACCAUGGUUCUGCACACGUCCCCCUUUUCCAGUGCCUUCCUUGGCGUCCUAGACUCGCUCUCGUGGGGCCUCAUCUUUCCAUGCUAUUGGUUCCUCGACCGAUUCCUGGCAUCUUUUGUCAGCACGACAUACGAGAAGCGCCUGCACUCGGAGGACCCUUGUUAUUUCCGGGCACUCUGCAUCCUCAUCUCCACACCCCUCUACCUGGCACUGAUUGUUACGUCUCUCCCGUUUGCACUGCUGGGCUUCCUGCUGUGGGCGCCGCUGCAGGCCAUCAGAAAGCCUUACAUUUACUCCCAGAGACAGCGCCAGGACAAGAGCUUGGUAGAGCAGGGUGCUGCGGGCACACCCAUCAAUGGCUGGAAGCCAUCAGGGAAAAGCUUUUGUUUCUGCUCGGCUAAUGUGUGCUUGCUGCCCGACUCGCUGGCACGAUUCAACAACCUAUCGGAUACACAAGGGCGGGCCAGAGAGGUGGGCAAACGCAUCCGCAGUGGGGCGAACCGACCCCAGAUCAAGAUCUACAUCGACUCGCCUACCAACACCUCCAUUAGCGCGGCCAGCUUCAGCAGCCUUGGGUCGCCUCAGGCUGCAGGAGAAGUGCCCAACAGGAAUGUGCCCGCAGCCGGGGUGAGACGGGCAGCCGCCGCAGACUCCAAGACAGAAAGCAACGGUGAGGCGGAGAAGGAGUCUGGAGAGGGCACCCAGGGCGUGGAGGGCGAGGGCGGAAGGCCCGAUGGGACACCGGCAGCCCCUGCCAACACUGGAACAUCAGAUGCCCCUGCCGAGGUGGAAGGCCAAACCGCAAACGCCAAGGCCAAGGAGGCCGAUUCGGGGAGCCUGAAUAGCCGCACAGCUUCCAGGGAGUCCUUGGUCAAGUUUCAAGUAGCUGAUGGCAACCCGGGCACCAAACUUCUGUACCGGACCUCCGUUGUGAAGAAGGCCUCGGCCAGGAAGAGGCAGCAGGGGGACGAUUCUUUUGACCAUGAGAUUUCCUCUUUCUUUCCGGCCAACCUGGACUUCCUGUGUCUUCAGGAGGUCUUUGACAAGCGGGCGGCCGAGAAGCUAAAGAAGCAGCUUCACCGCUACUUUCAGCACGUCCUCUACGAUGUAGGCACCUAUGCCUGGCGCGGCUGCACUCGCUUCAAGUUCCUCAACAGCGGCCUUUUGCUGGCCAGUCGCUACCCAGUCCUGGAUGCCACCUAUCACUGUUUCCCCAACGGCCGUGGGGAGGAUGCCUUGGCAGCCAAAGGGGUCCUCCUUGUUAAGGUGCAAGUGGGAUCCACACCUCAGGACCAAAGACUUGUGGGAUACCUUACCUGCACGCACAUGCAUUCCUUGGAAGGAGACGCAGCCAUUCGCUGCAAACAGCUUGAUCUCGUACUGGAAUGGAUAUCAGAGUUUCGCAAAUCUACCUCCUGCCCUUCUGGGGCCAACAGUCCAGAGGACCUUGUGGCAUUUGAUGUCAUCUGUGGGGACCUCAACUUUGACAACUGCUCCUCCGAGGACAAGCAAGAGCAGCAGCAUGCUCUCUUCAGUCACUACAAAGACCCCUGCCGCCUUGGACCCGGAGAGGAGAAGCCGUGGGUUGUAGGUACCCUUCUCGAUCCUGCCGGACUGUACGACGAGGAAGUCAGCUCGCCCGACAAUCUCCAGAAAACGAUGGAAAACGAAGAAGGAAGGAAGGAGUACCUGAUUUACCCCAGCAGCAGGACCCAGUGCUCCAGCCAGAAGUGUCAGAAGGUGCCACUGAAGGGGAAUGGCCGGCGGAUCGAUUACAUCCUCUACACGGAUGUGGGGCUGCAGCCCGACUGGAAAGUGGAGGUUGAGGAGUACAGCGUCAUCACCCAGCUGGCAGGCCUGACUGACCACCUGCCCGUCUCGCUACGCCUGAUGGUCGCGACAGGCGAAGAGGAGCCCUAGGGGAGGACAAGGAGGUGGAGAGCAAGAGAGAGAGAGAGAGAGACGGGGAGGAUGAAGCCAAAGUGUUCCUUCUCUGUGUACCCUUGAGGGGGCGCGCUUAGCAAUAUUCCCGGACUCUUCGAGAGACGCCGUGCCAUUCUCUAUAGCACAAUUUUCCUUUCUCUGCUCUGUAGCUCCGUUCGUGUUCUCUUUCAAGUCAGUGUCAAUGUGGGAGUCUGCACAAUAGCGCCCCCUGCUGCCAUCCGGAGGAAGAAUACGCCGCAGCACCAAAGAGAAGAGAAACAGCACCAAUUUUCUACAUUUGCAGUAUUUCUAGCGCUUCUACUGUGCGGACAUCCGACACGAGACUCUUGGAAUUUUAGAAUUUAUUACCAAUGUUUUUCCACUUUGUUUAUUCCGAUUUUCACGUCCUUUUUCCAGUUCUGAUCUGAAAGUCCUUCUGUAUUGCAGUACUGCUUACUCUACUGUGCUGUCAUUUCUUUUUAAGUAAUUAAAGCAAAUAAUCGACUUGUGUAAUUAAA